ACAAUCUGUUUGUGUUCACGCGAUAAAUAAUCAUCGCAUUUGCGAGGGUUGAGCAAUUUCCUCAAAAGUGCCGGCCUGCUGUAAAUAAAAUAAAAAGUUGUGGUUACUCUUGUAGCCUUGACACACAAGCGUUGACCCUUUGCAUAAGUAAUAUCUCCUACCGUGCGCUGCGGUGUGCCCCUUCACAGGUAUGAAGCCAGUCAGCCGAAGUUUUCUAGCCUUGUGACAUGCUUCACAAAGAAGUAGCGAUGUCACUUCCGAAAUUGGCUUUGACAGUCGCAUUAUGCGCGAGCCUCUGCGUUCCCUACGUUUUUAGCACAGACGACCUCCUUCCGCUGGAAGACGAUGCGUUCUGUCCGGACUCCCUUUUUCCGGACUUAAAACUGCUCCGGCACGCCGUGCCCUGGGGCAAUGCAACUGCCGGGGUCUUCACCAAGGUUCCGGAAGCCGCAACGCUUCCGGCAUGCACGCAGGCUUGCUGCGCAGCGGGUGGCAAUUGUCACGUGGCAUUUCUGCACGGCACAACUUGUUUUUUAGUCAAGUGCCAUUCUGCAGCACUGUGCCGUCCACAUCUGCGCAGUGGGGCAAAGUUCAAUGCUUCCUUCAUGGUUGUCGUUCGUCCUGUUUAUAAAACGCUACAUGAUGGUUCGGAAGAUUGGACGUCACCGUUGAUGUCUUCCUCCAAAGAAGAUGAGAGGCCCUUAUCAGAUGAAAGUGUCUACGGAAGCAACGAAACGAAUACUUAUACUCCCAGUGUUCAGGCUGGAGAGGCUGCAUCUAGUCGCUCUUGUGAAUUUGGGGUCAUAGUGGAUUGCCCCGUGAAUGAGGAAUGCGUGACCAGAAACCCAAAGAAGCGCAGCGGCGUCUGCCACUGCAUUAGAGGAUAUACUAGGGAUCCUGUCUCAAAGAGCUGUAUUGCUGUGGAGAACAACAACACAACCAAGGUGUCCACUUCGAGCACAACAACAGCUGCACCAACAACCACUACUCCUUACCCAUUGGUUGUGUCAGCUGGUGACAACAGAGUGCUUUUUCUUCCCGAAAAUGAGGUCAUCCUCUCUGCCUACGUCUUCAAAGAAACUAAAGGUACACAGUACCAGUACCAGUGGACAUUGGUGUCUCAUCCUGAAGGAGAGGAGACUGGCGUAAUGCAGGAUCAGAAUACGAGCACACUAAAGUUGUCAAAGCUACGAGAAGGGCUUUACACAUUCCGUGUCGCCGUAACAGGAAAGCACUCGUAUGGGGAAAGUACAGUCAACGUUACGGUAAUGCCACCGAAGCGUACCAAUAAGCCGCCGGUGGCCGUGAUCCAGCCAAACAACGUCACAGUGAAGUUGCCUAGCAACGAAACUGUGCUUGAUGGCUCGUUCAGCACGGACGAUGACAAAAUAGCCCACUAUCACUGGGACGCUGUAGCCAUUCCGAUUGGCUACAAUGCUCGUCUCAAUGACACGCCUACGCUCCAGUUGAAGGACCUCAUUGUAGGCUUUUAUAGGUUCAAGUUGACUGUGACCGAUUCUGAUGGUGUGUCAAAUUCAACUUAUGGAAAUGUCACUGUUCUCAAAGAAGUGGACUACCCACCGACGGCGAAUGCAGGCACGCAGAUUGUGAUAUACAUGCCAAACAACGAGGUGACCCUCAACGGAAACCUCAGCACCGAUGACAAGGGCAUCAAAGCCUGGGAGUGGACCAAAAGUUCCGACACCUCGGACCAACGUGUUGAUAUGGAGGGCACAACAAGCCCAUACCUCCAUCUGUCAAACAUGGAAGUUGGUGUAUACAAGUUUGUGCUGAAGGUAACAGACACAGCAGACCAGACAUCCCAAGCUGAGGUGCACGUUUUUGUGAAGCCAGCGUCAAAUAGUGCACCAACAGCCAACGCAGGGCCAGACGUCAAACUAUCGCUGCCCCUCGAAAAGCCCGUCUUUCUCGACGGUAGUGGUAGUACUGAUGACGUCGGCAUUGUGGCUUGGCAGUGGAGACAGAUAGCAGGGCCAAAGCCAAGCAAGCUAGAAGGGGAGAAGACUGCCAUAUGCAAAGUUUCUGGGUUGGUGCCUGGUGAAUACAAAUUCCAACUGAACGUAACUGAUGCAAGUAACCUGACGAGCACCGAUAAUGUCACAGUCACAGUAAUUCAAAACAGCAAUGCUGCACCAAAAGCUAAUGCUGGUGGAGACAAGACCAUCUAUCUCCCUGCAGAUGUUGUCUGGCUCAACGGCUCUGGCUCAACAGAUGAAGUAGAGGUAGUUGCAUGGCGUUGGACGCGUGACCCCUCAUCCCUUGCUGCUGGGAAGGUGCUGGAGAACUCGAGCUACUCCUCAACCCUCCGGCUGGCUGACCUGAUUCCCGGACGCUACAUGUUCACUCUGACCGUGUGGGAUGCUCAAGGAGCGUCGGGGAAAGACACAACGUCGCUCAUUGUAAAGCCACCACGAGAUCUUCUCGACCAUGUUGAGCUACUCCUCAAUGUUGAUGUCCAGACGUUUACUCAAGAGCAGCUGGAUACACUGCUGAAACAAUUGGAGCUAUUGCUUCAUGAUGGUGAACCUGUAUCUGUGACACUCGUAAAUCUUUCCUACCAACAGGAUACAAUGCGGGUGAGGAUUGUGUUUGUGGCAGAGGGUGGAGCAACGCCUAAGCAGAUCAGGGGAAUGGCAGUGGUGUCGAGGCUUAAAAAGCGACUACGCACCCACAGCGCCCUGUUAGACUGGGAAGUUCUGCGCAUUGACACAUUGGUUUGCCAGAACCAGUGCUCGGCCCAUGGUUCAUGCGAUGUCUACACCAAGCGGUGCGUCUGCGAGGCAUUUUGGAUGGAAGACCUCUUCAGGUCCUACCUUGGGGACAGAGAAAGCAACUGUGAUUGGAGUGUCCUGUACGUCAUCAUAGUCUCCUUCCUGAUUCUGACUGUGCUGUCUGCUUCUAUAUGGGGCUUGGCCUGCUUCUGCUCACAGAUGAAGUUCCAGCGCCCGAGAAAAAAGAACAACUACAUGCUGCUUAGGGACGCACGUGAGGUUGACAAGGAUGGCGUAGACCUGAUUCCAAAAGGCAAAGCACAGACAAGCAGCCUGAUGGUGUCAGAUUCAGACUCUGACACAGCAUUUGAGAUGCGUACGAGGCCUUCGGUUGCCGUCAAGCCGCUGAAUGGUACGAGGAACAGCAUUCCAAACGGUGACAGCACCCUACGUAGAAUACGCACGUGAGAUCCAAGGGUAUAGGAAAAUCGUAGUGCCAUAUGUUGUCGGUAUAUCAUGCAGAACAUUUGCAUGAUUUGGUGGAGUAGUACGUGUAGAUACGUUUAUAAGAUACAUAGGGUUCUUCGUUUUCGGGUUUUACGAUUUUUCAAAUUCGGGGAGGAAAAAUCGGGUGCUAUGUACACACGAGAAUUCGGGGAGAAAUCGGGCGCUACGACCUCUGCUUGAUAUGUCAUCGGGGGAAUUUUUGGGUGAAACAAAAGGCAUAUGAAACAAGCCACUGCUGUGAUACUGGGACUAGAAACAGGAAUCUUUAUAUUUCCGCUCGGAACUGGGGCGGUGAAUGACCGUGGUAUUCAAACACUUGCCCGAGAUCCACAAAAGCUUGUCUUUGACUCCUGAAGGAGGGGAUUAUAAAAGGAGGACAAAUAGGUUGUCACAAAUAACUCUCUUUGCUGAUAUUAUGAUUCACUUUUCCGAUGGUGUACCUAUAACGACAAGUUUCACCGACCGCAAGGAUUUCGGGUAGAUAUCGAGGUUUUACCCGAAUUCAUGAAAACUUGUUCGGGAGGGGAACUAUCGUGAAAAAUCGGGUUUAACCCGAAAACGAAGAACCCUAAUUAUGCAGAACAUUUGCAUGAUUUGGUGGAGUUUAUGGUGGAGUAGUACGUGUAUAUACGUUUAUAAGAUACAGUGCCAUGCUACAAGGCACUGUUUCAACUGCCUUCGUAUGCAAGUGUGUUGAAGGGCGGGCAGGUUAGGUUUCCCGGUUCAUCAGCUUGUAUCAGUUAUUCAAUGCAGACCCUCUAUGUCAAAGGUGGACUACUGCAAGUUCUUGGCUAUCAUAUUGAUUUGAACUUGUGGAUAAUGGCUCUUCCUUUAAUUACUUAGGUUUUAUUCAAAUUCACAUUCUGAUUGAACGCUGUCCGUAUAGUCUCACAUUUUUUAUAAUUUCAUCAAGGUAGGAACAUAAGCCCUGCGUGUAAUGGUGGUUCAAAGCUAACUUCGAAUUCUCCACAAGAUUUGCAGGUCGCGAGAAGCCUUUCACAGGAAGGAACGGUGUAGCCUAUUAAUAAGAAUUAUUUUUGGAGAAUGUACAGCAUUGUGACAUUCCGGUCCAUUAUAACGGCAGGCACAGUAAGGCAUUUGGAUAGGGCAGACACUAAUUUAUUUGCCAAGAUGCGGAAACAAGUUGUAAGAUAGUGUGUAUGUGUGUUGCCCUUGAACUGUAAGGUGCGUAAUUGUUUCCUCGAGGGGUAAUUUAUAUUGUGUGUUGCUUGUAGUAUCAUGUAAAUCCUGUAAAAAGUCUUAGGGUUAGGGGUUUUGUAAAUAGCUUAGUGUAAACAUCAAGAUCAGUGAUUAACUCAACAAAGACGACGAAAACGACCAAAGAUACUAUUUAGGCUUCUGUUGGCAACAUGUUGCCUGCAAAGCAAGGUGUGUUUUUUUUUUGUACAAAGGUUGUAUAGUAAGCCUCGUUUCAACUGAUAGCUAAUGUAUGUGAUGCAGACAGGCAAAAAUAUCGCCCAAUGUUGUUCCUUGCCACUGUGACAAGCAAUUGUACUGCAUAUGUGUCGUGCCACGUUGUCAUUUUCAUUGCGAGUAGUGCGUGCUUUUGCAUAUGUUAGCCCCUGCAUUUCUUGUGUAGCAAGUAGUGCAGGUCCUUCAUUUGUGAACAGGGAAUCUGCAAUGCUGUUAGCCGUUUAAUGUCUACAGAAGUUUUGCAGCAGAUGGCUACAGAAACUCUACAGUGUUAUCAUGCUAUGGCUGUUUCUUAUAGUGUGGUGUACAAAUGUGUACAGACCUGGGCAAUAAAGUUAUAAUAACUGGGA